UUCUUUCAAAAAAUAAAUUAAAAUUAAGAGAUUUUUUAACUCGACGGUAACUGAAUUACUUACCGUCGAGUUGGAGUACUUACCGUCGAGUUGGAUUACUUACCGUCGAGUUGCUAGUAAAUGUCACCUACUGACGUAAAAUCUGUCACGGUAAAUAGUCAAAAAUGAUCAAUCGUGCAAAAAUAAUAUUUUCAUUCGUCCAUUGUUUUGUAUUUACCGCCAAGAAUGAAUUAUGUAAAUUCGGUAAGAGGCGCUCUGGGUGGGCUGGUGCUGGUCUGGUCCAAUAGUCCAAUGCAUAGAUAAGGUAUAUAUAAGUUGUCAUAUGUCAAUUUUCGCUUGCCUGUAUUUUUUUUAUUUGUAUUUACUUUUUGGAUGUAAAAUUAUUAUUAAAUAAAAGACAAAUAAUUUGGUACGAAAUGGAAAUAAAACAAGAGUUAAGUGAGGGCCCCCCCUGCAAAGCAGAAAUAUGUAAUAAGGAGGAAGAUGCUCAUUUAGAUAACUUUAAAAGUGAAAUUAAAGAGGAGCCGAAAAGAGAGAGUACCCAUGAUACAUUUAACUGUUUAGAGUUAGAGGAAAUCUCCUUGAAGACUGAAAUAGAAGAUGAAAAUCAACUUAUGGUAUAUGAAGAAAAACAAACAAAUGAAAAGUACUUUCUCCAAGAGAUGAACACUAUGGAAGUUUUGAACACAACAGAUGAACAUGUAUCUAACAUAGAACAACCUAUGAGUCAACCAGGUGAAGAAAUUACACAAUGCGCAAUUUGUGAUAAAAAGUUUGCUAAAAGAAAAAAUUUGGAUCGUCAUAUGAAAAUUCACACUCCGGAAAAACCUUAUAAGUGCGAAAUUUGUCUGAGGCAGUUUACUACAACAAGUUAUUUUAAACAACAUUUGAGAGUGCACACUGGGGAACAACCUUACAAGUGCGAACUUUGUUUUAGGAUGUUUUCCCAGAUUGGUUCUUUGAAACGACAUAUCGCGUGGCAUAAUGGAGAAAAGCCUUAUCAGUGUGAAAUUUGUUUUAAGCAAUUUAGUCAAACAUGUUAUUUGAAACAACAUUUGAGAUUGCACACUGGAGAAAAACCACACAAGUGUGAAAUUUGUUUUAAGCCGUUUAGUCAAUUAAAUGAUUUGAAAAGACAUAUGAGAGUGCACACUGGAGAAAAACCUUACAAGUGUGAAAUUUGUUUUAAGCGAUUUAGUGAAAAGGGAACUUUGAAACCUCAUAUGAGGUUGCACACUGGAGAGAAACCAUACAAGUGUGAAAUUUGUUUUAAGCAGUUUAACCUAUCACGAAGUUUAAAAAAACAUUUGAGAAUACACACUGAGGAAGAACCUCGUAAGUGCGAAAUUUGUUUUAAACAGUUCACUACAGCAAGUAAUUUGGAAGAACAUUUGAAACUGCACACUGGAGAAAAAGGUUUCAAGUGCAAAAUUUGUUCGAAGCUGUUUUCUCACAUCUGUUAUUUGAAACGACAUAACAGAUGCCAUACUGGAGAAAAACCUUAUCAGUGUGAAAUUUGUUUUAAGCAAUUUAGGGAAACAGUAACUUCGAAACGACAUGUAAGAGUACACACUGGAGAAAAACCACACAAGUGUGAAAUAUGUUUUAAACGGUUUACUACAACAUAUUAUUUGAAAUUACAUUUGAGAGUACACACUGGAGAAAAACCUUACAAGUGUGAUAUUUGUUUUAAGGAGUUUACCCACGCAACUAGUUUGAAAACACAUUUGAGAGUACACACUGGGGAAAAACCUCAUAAGUGUGAAAUUUGUUUUGAGCAGUUUAAUGAAGCACGCGUUUUGAAAAUACACUUAAGAACACACACUGGAGAUAAACGUCAUAAGUGUGAAAUUUGUUUUAGACAAUUUAGUAAAUCGGGAAAUUUGAAACGACAUUUGCAGUGGCACACCAACGCCGGAGAAAAAGCAUAGAGGUGCAAAAUUUGUAUUAAGCAAUUUACAACAGAAUAUUAUUUGAAAAGACAUCUGAGAUUCCACACUGGAGAAGAAACGUACAAGUGUCAAAUUUGUCUUAACUAAUUUACUCGUAAAGUAAUUUAAAUGAUCAUUUAAAAGUUCAUACUGGAGAAAAAUCUUAUGAGUGUGAAAUUUGUUUAAAGAGAUUUAGUGUAUUGAGAACUUUGAAGAUACAUAUGAGGUCGCACACCAGAGAGAAACCAUACAAGUGUAAAAUUUGUAUCAAGCGAUUUAGUACAGCAAGUUAUUUGAAAAGACAUCUGAGUUUGCAAACUGAAGAUAAACUGGAUAGGGUUAUUCGACAAGGAACCAAGCGCAAACGUAGUAAAUCAGAGAAAAUUACGUCAAAAGUUUAGUUUAAAUUGAGGAUGUCAGACGUAAAAGGAUGUAAGUGCAGUUUUGAUAGUUCUGAGAUAAUCAGCUUCAAAGUUAUUUGAGUUUUAUAAAUUCUAGAAGUCAUUAAACUAAAAUAUGGCUGGUGGACAAUGUUCCAUAAAAUGAUAAAAAUAUAGGGGUAUAUUAUUGCUCUUACUAUAUCCUUCUUUUUUUUUCAAUUAAUAAAAAAUGUAGUUGAAUCAGUGGCGGCUCGUACCACUUUAAGAAUGUAGUGCCAGAACUCGGGCAGGCGCCAAAAUUUUUAGUGACGGAUUCACGGUAUUGUCAAAAAAAGUAUACUUAUUACAAAAACUGAAAAAAUAUAUGCGCGGAUACUUUUAUCUUUGUAUCUUAUGUUUAUUGAUCUGAGGUGCCAAGGAAUUGUCCAACAUUGAUCAAAACAGUUCCGUAAAUUAAUUAAUAAUAAAAACCUCUUAACCUACCACCAGCAUUUACUGCUGAUAGUGCUUGAAGUUUGUUAUUAAGAUUUAGUCUCUAUUUACCAAUUUAUAAAAAUAAUACUAUUUCAUUAUUCACACACAUGCACAAAUUUUUGUAAUGUCACUUUUAAAGUUUACGAUAUAUGAAGUUCAUUCUUCUAUUUUUUGGUUGCAAAGUUUUCAAUGCCUUUAUUAUUAAAAUUAUCAGUAGUAAUUGCACAAGAGCUCUGAAAUUAUUGAAUAUUUCCCGAGCGACACUUUGACAGUUUUAAUUUCACGAGCCGAAGGCGAGUGAAAUUAUGUCAAAGUGUCACGAGAGCAAAAAUUCUAUAUUAAUUUCAGAGGUCGAGUGCAAGUUGUUGUGAUUAUCUCAUGAAUAAAACUGUUCAAAACCAAAAUUUUAUUGUAAUUUAUUUAUGUAAGUACCAUUAAACACACAGUUUUUAUAAAUAUUUGACGAUUUAAAGUCAUCACUUUUAUAAUUUUUAAAACAUUAAUUGUCAUUAAUGUCACUGAAUGUAUUUUUUCGUAGCAACGAAGGGCAUCUGACGUAAUAUACUUAACGACGGGAGAUUAUAAAAAAUUAUCGAUUUAAUUCAGAUUUCUGUAGCUUUCUAUUGGUCAGAAUCUCCUAUGAAUGAAAUAAUCAAUACAAUUUACAAAAUGCUUUUCUGCAGAUAGCAUACCUAAAGCACUAUGUUUUAACAUCGAAAAACAGCGUUCUGCUUCAGAUGUUGAUAUAGGAAUGGUAACUAAAAUACUUAAAAGUUUAAUAGUUUCUUCAAAUGUGCUUUUUAAGCCUUCCCUCUACAAUAAAACCGAUAGCGAAACAGCCCCAGAAGUAGUACUUAAUUCGUCUCGCCAAUACAGUACCUACUUCUAAUUCAGUUUUAAAUCGAGUUUUGUUUAAAAAUUAAAAUUGUCUCCAUGUUUCAUUAACAAAUGAUUCGGAGAACUGAUGCUUAUAAGCAGAAAACUUCUCCGACAUAAAUAAAUUAGAAGCAACUAAAUGUCCGGAGAAGGUAGACCUUUGAAAGAUCUGGUACUUUGAAUAAUAUGAACCUAUAAGUCGUUGUCUAAUUCGGCGCUAAAAUUGACCAGCUCCUUAAAUAUGCCUCUAUUUUCUGAAUUUUAUUUUUCGUCGUGACUUCUUAAAGCUAACUCGAAAACUCCACAAAACCUUAUAACAUUUGGAGUUUUUUUUAAAUAUUUAAAAAAAAUAUUCUUAAAAAUUUAAAUUUCUUAAAAAAAUUUUUUAGAUACUAAUCUUCAUUGUCAAUUAAUAAAUUAAACUUAAGAAAUAAUCAAAAUAUUAUUUAUAUUACACACUACACCCACGAUUAUGAUGCCAUAAAAGUUUAAUUAUAAAUACAAAACUUUUUAACAGAAAAUAUACAUAAUAAAAGCGACAAACCAGCACGUAAAGAAACUCAACCUCGAGCCCGGCACAGAGAUUCACAUUUAAAGGUAUACUAAUAGUCCAAUAUAGCUCUUUCUCUGUCACUUAAAUAGAAUGCUCGUAAAAUCUUUCUCUCUUUAGUCGUGUCAGUACUGACUUUGGCACGAGGGAGAGAUUCUCCUGUCGAAUAAUCUCCGCUGUGGCAGGGGUUGUAUUACGCAAAUAGUUGCCAUAUUUUAUAUAAUUUAUGAAGAUCAAAAGAAAUAUACACAAAAAAAUUAACAAGAAUUAAAAAGUUUUGAAGAUAAAAAAUAUGUUACUGCAUAGUUACGAAGGUAGUGCCAUGGCUCUAAGGCACUACCUCACGGGCCGCCACUGAGUUGAAUCAGUACAUGGUGUUGAUGAUAAAUGUUAGUCGUAAAACGGUUCAAAUGCCAAUGUUAACUAUUACUAAUCAUUUUUAUCCCAGCUGUUAACCACAGUGUAACUACAACAGGCACGAUGCAUAAUACAUAAUUAGUCUUAAAAAUUUGACACAAAUCUAAUAUUUAUUUACUUGAAAUUAAUCCCGUAUUAACAUGUAUUUUUACAGAAUACUAAAAAUAGUUUUCUGUUAAAAUGAUUCAAGCGCAUGUAAACACGUUUACCUACUACUAAUGCAAACUGCAAUUGUUUUCAUUAAAUUAAAUGUAAUGGCUAUAGAUGCCGACUGUAGGGUGAAACAUGCUUGAAUCCUUUUACCACCAAGUUAUAGUACUAUUAUAGACCGAUCAAAUAAAAUUACAAUACAUGUAAAUCAAAAUGUAAUCCCGUACAGGUUGGAAUAGAUUUUUUAUCAAAGUUUAGGUCCAAACAAAAGAUAUUUUUAAGAAAGUAUAUGAUUCAUGUGAGGGGAUCAUUGUUUAAAUAAUUAAAAAUGGGUAAUUUUUGCACAAAAUUUACUUUUUUAACUGCUCUGGUAAUUCGUGUCUGUAUUAAGGAUUUUACAAUUUUUUUCUGCAAAGCUGAAGAAAAAGUCUUUUAUAUGCGACUUAC